AUGGAGGGCCUGUACACUUGCUUGAGAUGUGCGAGAGCACUGUCUGGCUCGAGCCGACGACCGGUCAGCAGCAGAUAUGCACGACACAUUCCCAGCAGCCGCAGUUUUACCUCGAGCUCCGCCCUCUACAACAACCCCCUCAAAGCUGGGAAGCCUUCCGCGACACUGCAAGCACGAACUCCCCGACAGUCCUCGCGAGUCGUGUCUACUGCUGCAGCGCCAUCUGAAGAGCCAGACAAUUUUGAGCGUCACAACAUUCCGCCAACUGACUAUGGCGAAUGGCGUGCCCAUGGGAGGGUCGUCCUUCAGCCAGGCAAUUUAUUCCACCCCUUCUCCAAAUCACCGAUUCCUGAAAUCCGGCAGAGGGCACGAUACAUGAAGCAGCAUGCUCUGUGUCCCCAUCCUGUGCACCAGCAGACGAGGAUUCCCAUCUCUCCACACGAUCCUGAGGCCCGAAAGGUCAGCGGGCUGAGUUCUCAACCGCCCGCCCAUGUGGCUUUUGAGUGCCCCGACUGCGGUAUCGCGACAUACUGUUGUGAAGAACAUUGGGCAGAUGAUUUUGAAGCACAUCUUGAAAUAUGCGACACCCUGCGACAAAUCAACGAAGAUGACCAUGAUCUGCGCUCUGGCCGUUGGUUUCCUGAAUUCGAAUAUCCCGGUCCUCAGAUUGACGAGAUACUGGUGAACCUGACCAAUUGGGACACAUAUUUCUACACUCGGCAGUAUGAGGCAAUCAACGACGAAAGAAGUAUGCGGCAGGUCACCAGAUUGUUGACGUACCCCUUGACCCUUGGAAGUGUGCUGCAUGAAUUGAGUCCCUAUAACAUCAGAAAAGGUGGAAGGCUUACACCAGAGGGCUUGAAAACUCUGCGAUAUACCCUCCACCCACCCAAAUCUGGCCAAGGGCCUGGUAUCAAAGGCUUGAGGCUGUCGAGUCCGCCCGUCAGAAUCUUCAUCCUGGGCGCCCGUGCCGAAUCCUCUCUACCACGUGAAGUCUGGACUCAGCUCUCAUGUCUCUUCCCUCUCUCUUCCAUUCACCUCGUUUUCAUCGGCCCCGAAUCCAUGGCCAACCGAGACAGUGAAUUUCCACUACCCGAACGGACGCCAACAAAUCCAUUUGGCGCCAUUGUCGAAGACCGCGUGUCUCCCAAAAUGAAGAUCUCCACUUACGUGGAAUACUUCCACACCUUACAUGAGGCGAACUUGUUCUACCCUUACGAUCCUUAUUUCGAUUGUUUCAUGUUAUACCAUCCCGGUCUCGGCCAUCCGGCAUCUUCGCAUGAGUGGGAGAAGACUUUGCCACGGUUGCUGGAGACCAAAGUACCCAUUAUAUGCACGGGGUACACCGAGUGGGAUAUGAUGCGUGACUGGCAAUGGGUCAUGGAGAAGUGUUCUGGAGAGGUCGACCUUCUGAUGGAGCCUGGCGAGAACCGCUUCCGGUCGUUGAGGUGGGAUUUGAAUGAUCUGGAUCCUCAGGACAUAAGUUGCGGCAACUGGGGCGUCUGGGCUUUCAGAGGGAAGAGGUAUGUGAUUGCAUGA